AUGGGCGUCUUCUUUGGACUCGGCUCGGUCGCAUACUUUGCCCUCCUCAUGAUCAACGCCGUCGCCGUCCUCAACAAGGAGCGCUUCCUCGCCCCACUCGGCCUCACGACGGCCAGCUUCCAGCAGCAGCAGUCGUUCGCCCAGGGCUCGGCCUACAACUCGGGCUUUGACGCCUACGGCAUGCCCGUCCAGGGCAACAUGGCCGGCGCAGGUGGGCAGGAGGCCGGCAUCAAGAUGCGCGCCGUCCAGCUCGUCGACGCCGUUCGAACCCUCAUGCGCAUCCCACUCAUCCCGAUCAACAUCGUCGUCAUCGUGUACGAGGUCUUGUUCGGCUGA